AUGACUGGUAAAGUUGGCCGAGAUGUGCUGUCUUCACCGUGUACUGGAGAACGUCAAGGACACUACUUCCUGCUACACACCUGGGAAAGGAGCAAGACGACGGCAGCUGUCACCCAAAAGAAGAACCGUUUACGUGGUGUUGACAGUGUUACGGAGGGCUGGAAGGAACAAGAUGGAACGAGGGGAUGCUUGGGGGCCGCAUUCGCCACCUCGCCAACUCAGUACCCGGGCUGCACCUCGCCAACUCAGUACUCGCUGCACCUCGUCAACCUUCCGCUAACACUAGCUGCACUCUCGUCAGCUCCCACCACUCCACCUCGUCAACUCAUCGCCGUUGCACCUCGCCAACUCAAUACUGCACCUCGCCAACUCACCCGCUGCACUCCGUCAACUCAAUACCGCUGCACCUCGCCAACUCAGUACCCGCUGCACUCGCUGCCAACUCAGUACUCCGCACCUCGCACGCUGCACUCGCCAACUCAGUACUCGCUGCACCUCGCCAACUCAGUACCCGCUGCACUCGCCAACUCAGUACCCGCUGUACCUCGUCAACUCAAUACCGCUGCACUCGCCAACUCAGCACCCGCUGCACCUCGUCAACUCAAUACUGCUGCACCUCACCAACUCAGUACCCGCUGCACCUCGCCAACUCAGUACCCGCUGCACCUCGCCAACUCAGUACCCGCUGCACCUCGUCAACUCAAUACUCGCUGCCUCGCCAACUCAAUACUCGCUCGCCAACUCAGUAAUCGCUGCACCUCGCCAACGCAUUUCUACACUCGCGAAGCUCAGUACUCGCUGCACCUCGCCAACGCAUUACUCUACACCUCGCCAGCUCAGUACUCGCUGCACCUCGCCAACGCAUUACUCCCUACACCUCGCCAGCUCAGUACUCGCUGCACCUCGCCAACGCAUUACUCUACACCCGCCAGCUCAGUACUCGCUGUACCUCGUCAACUCAAUACUGCUGCACUCGCCAACUCAGUACCCGCUGCACUCGUCAACCUCAAUACUGCUGCACCUUCAGUACCCGCUGCACCUCGCCAACUCACCCGCUGCACUCGCCAACUCAGUACCCGCUGCACCUCGCCAACUCAGUACCCGCUGCACCUCGCCAUCUCAGUACCCGCUGCACCUCGUCACCUCGCCAACUCAAUACUCGCUGCACCUCGCCAACGCAUUACUCUACACCUCGCCAGCUCAGUACUCGCUGCACCUCGCCAACGCAUUACUCUACACCUCGCCAGCUCAGUACUCGCUGCACCUCGCCAACGCAUUACUCUACACCUCGCCAGCUCAGUACUCGCUGCACCUCGCCAACGCAUUACUCUACACCUCGCCAGCUCAGUACUCGCUGCACCUCGCCAACGCAUUACUCUACACCUCGCCAGCUCAGCUCUUCCUAACCCUGGCUUAACUAAAAAGGAACACGCAAGGAACCUCAACUGGAUGAAUGUCAAAGGUUUAUGCGUGUGA